GGUGGAGUUCAGGGUACAGAUACUGAAUGAGAAAAGGCAAGAAAGACUUGAGCAGCUGGAGAGACAGGCUGAGGCUGAAAUAGAAAAAGAACAGAGACUACAGGCUUUAAGAGACCAGGUUAAAGUGAAUAUAGAUUACGACCCUGUUAGAAUGAUGCAAGCGACUGAGUCUUCUAAAGCUAAACUGGGAAUUGGAACAGAUGAAGAUGUUAUCAUUCAGAAACCUUUAUUUGAAAUCCAAGGAUUUACAACAGAUCAGGUUGUCAGUGAUCCAAGGCACAGGUUGGAAGAAGCGUUACGUUCAGCUAAUCUACAUAAUAACCCUUACGCCCGGCAGAUGAUAACAGCUGCAAAGCCAAUUAAGCCACCAAGAAAGGACACUGAAUCAACGAUCUUUAAAAUAGAUCAGAAUGAGAGUAGAUAGUUUCACUUGAUGCACUCUGUUGCUCUUUUUGUACAUAAUAUAUAUUAUUACUACUGAUAUUUUAUUAGUUUAUCAUGCACAAAAAAUUUUCAACGUGACCAGGAGUGAGACCUGUCUGAACCAAACAGUAUCAUGAGUGAGACCAGUCUACACUGAACAGUAUCAUGAGUGACUGUUUAGCACCACUGUGUUAAACAUACUUUCUGAUUUGAGAACUGUUAUAUGGCAAUUAGCCUGCAACUCGUGGUGUAUUUUGUCUUCUGCCAACACUCUAUGGUGAUGUUGACAGAGGACACAACACAUACAUUGAGCUGUUGGUUAGCUAUAAUUUGCUUUCUUUCAAUGUGACAUGUAACCAGUAUUCUCUUGAUUAUUUAAAAUAGUUAUAUAAUUACACAUUUCCUGUAUCUGAAUAGAUAUGGUAUGUGCAAACCCGUACAUUGUU